AUGAUGCUUCGUCAUAAAGACGACUCCUUCUUCCAUACCACACCACCAAUUAGUUCCAUCUUAUCCAUCUCACAAAACGUUUGUGAACUACACCCGGAGCCAAAACACAUCUACUUCCUCUGGCAAACUUUCGUCGAAACAGUCAAUCCACUCAUCAAAAUCAUCCACGUCCCAACUUUACAAAAGCGCAUCUUGGAAGCGACCUGGAAUCCCUCGGGCAUCGACAAAGCACUCGCAGCACUUAUGUUUUCUAUGUACACUCUCUCCGUUACUUCGCUAUCAGCAGAAGAUUGCCACACGUCAUUGGGUCAGGAUAGAGGUGUUUUGAUUACACGUUAUCGAACAGCGACAUUGCGAGCCCUCAUGGAAGCCGACUUUAUGACAACCAAGGAAUUGGAAGUCCUCCAAGCAAUGGUCCUUUUCGUCUUCUCUAACCCAGAGACGGAGAUAUCGAGCACCAUUACAGCAGUUGCCGUCCGAACUGGACAAAUGAUGGGUCUUCACAAAACCGAUCAAGACACCAAACUAUCCUUCUUCGACAAAGAAAUGCGGAUACGACUCUGGUGGCAGAUAAAAGGUCUCGACUCCAGAGUCCGCGCUAUAUCAACGCCUGGAAUCAAGCUAUCCAGAACUGACUUUGGAGAAAUAAGACUGCCGUUCAACAUAAACGACGCAGACUUGCACCCAGACAUGCUCGAACCCCCUGUCCAGCAUAAUGGUCCCACGGAGAUGAUCUGCGUGCUUAUGAAGUUUGAAGUUACAAGCUGGGUCAAGUCUUCGCCGCGAGCAGCCAAGGUCUUUGAGAGUAUAACACCUGGUUUUUGGAAGGGAAAGACGCCGUUGAAUCUUGGGUAUGACGUUGUUAAUGAGUUGGAGGCUAUUUACACGGAGAAAUAUCUGUCCAAGCUGGAUAGAUGUGUUCCUUUUCACGAUCUUACGUUUGCUAUAGCGAAUCUGGCUCUUGCGCGUAUACGAUUUAUGUUGCAUCAUCCACGAGGCCGUGCAAUCAAUGGAGAAGACGUCUACAUGACAAAGCAAGAAAGCGAUCUUCUCUUCGACGCAGCACUGUCAUUCAUCCAAUACGUUGACGUCGGCUUCAAGAGCAAAUUCUCAUCCCAGAUGUUCACACAUCUUACUUCGACACAUCACUUCGACGCAUACAUCUAUCUCAUAAGCGAACUACGCAAACGAGACACAGGACCAAGAAUUGCUCUGGCGUGGAAGCUUGUGGAUGGCUUAUACGCCGAUCAUGCUGAGCUGAUUGAUACCGACAGUCCCUUGUUUACUGCGUUAGGAAAUUUGGUACUGGAAGCGUGGGAGACGAGGCGUAAGGUUUUGGCCGAGGCGGAUGCUAUACCCUCUUGUAUAGAUUUGCUCUGGGCGAAGAGACGCGUUGCGGAUGUUAGUACUGAGGUGGUGGCGGAUCCUGCUGGUGGACUUGAAGGAUGGGAGUUUAAUGUUGGGGAUUUUGAUUGGAAUUAUUGGAAUAACUUUAUACGACUUUAG